AUGUCGGUUUCGGGUCUGAAGGCCGAAUUGAAGUUUUUGGAGUCAAUUUUUGACACAAACCACGAACGUUUCAGAAUUAUCGAUUGGAAGCCGGAUGAGCUUAGUUGUCAGUUUAAUGUAACCGGUGAAAAACUGUUGAUAAUACAUUGCAACAUCACGGUAAGAAAGACGCUAGCUACGUAGCUAGUUAGCACAGGGCUAGCGAUAAACAUGACGAAUUUGGAAUUCUCAAGCCGAACACUGCGAAUACACAAAUCAGCUAGCUAGCUAGCUCUGUUUUUGGAGAUCGUUAGCCACAUAAUAUAGAAAUGUGUUUGAGACUUUUCAGUUAGUUUAUACUUUAUCAACGGGCCAUAUGUCCAGUUAUAGUUAGCUAUGCUAGCUAACUUGUUAGCAAACAAGAAAUAAGCUCAUAUUUGUAAACGUUACCGUUGGUUGUUAUAAGCUAGUAGGCUAAUGCGUCUGGAAAAAACUGAGAAUGUAUUUUGCCACCCAGCCAAUCUAUAAAUUGUUUCUGAUAUUUGUACCUUAUUUUGCUGAUACAAUAACUUGUCACAAGGUAACGUGACCUGUGAACACAAUUGCUGACUAAUGGAGAUAAAGAAUAGUCCUGCGUAAAAGGAUUGUUCGCAUUAGCUAGCUAGCUAAAAACCAGGACAUAACGUUAAAAGUCAGUGCGUGACUAGGUAGGUAGGUAGGUAGUGCGUGUUGCAUAUUUAUGGAUGCCUCUAUAUGUGAGAUAUAAUUAUUUUAUUCUGAAGUAGCUUCACCUACUAGCUACUUAACUAGUAAAUUAGCUAUUUCUGUUUGUAGAUAUAGCGUGUCAGUUCAGCCCUGUUCCAUUAGAGCUUUGCCUAGUAAUGAUGUGAUCAACUUGAUCAUCCCUCCCCUCCCAGGAGUCAUACCCUUCCACACCUCCAAUCUGGUUUGUUGACUCUGAUGACCCAAGUCUGACAGAGGUGUUGGAGCGCCUGGAAGAUGUCAGAAAAGGCACCUCUUUGGUAAGUCACUCACCUGUGUGUGUGUGUGUGUGUGUGUGUAGACUUGACUUUUCUUCUUUCAACACGAUAUGCUGUAGGAUGUAGCACCAGCUCUCAUGGAAGGCAUAGGCCCUAAUACCACCUACACAAUUGGUUGAUUGUAAAAAGGGUCAGUCACACUAUAUGUAUUUUAUCCAAAGUGAAUUAGUCAUGCGUGCAUACGUUUUUACAUAUGGGUGGCCUUAGCGGGAAUUGAACCCACUACCCUUGCAGUUGUAAGCGCCAUGUUCUACUGACUGAAGGCGUCCGUCCGCAUGCUUCCCAUCCGAGAAACAGUUCGGAACAGUUUGUGCAUAUAUUAUGACAUUUUGUGAUGUUUUGGUAUUUGGCAAGCGCUUUUUCGUCUGUUCGUGCGAAACAUUUCUCAAGGCAAGCCGAAGUCUACGCCCCCUUCGUCAGUGAUUGGGCAACAGUAGGGAUUCUUCAAUGAAGUGUUUAUCAUUCAACUAGCUAAUCGUUUUCAUGCACAUUUUUUCACUUGAAAUACGGAACCAAACACCUUAGAUGUAAAAUUGCGUGACUAAGAUCUCCUCUGCAAAAACGUCAAAAAUGAAUGACACAUUUCUUCAGUUAUCUUUGAUUAAUUCGGACUAUUUUGAGGAAGUGGAUACUGGCUACGGCGUCUCAAGAUGGAGAAAUUGUACUAUUGCUGCUUUUUCCCCCCUUGUUUUUCAAGGCGAAGGUCUUUAAGGGAGUAUGCGAGCACACUCGUUCGGUCCUCAGCUAGGCGCCAGCUGAACAGAAGCAUGCGGAAGGCUUGAGCCACGUAGAACACUGACUGUAAGUCGCUCUGGCUCAUAUGGAAAUCAUAGUACCUCCUUCACAAUUGGUUGAUAAGUUACUGGCAACUAGGUCGUGGCCGGAACAUAAAUAUAAUAAGUUGUAUACUUCAAAUUGACCACAACUAAGCCCAAAAAGAGAUUGUAUUUUUCAAAAACAAGGAUUUCAUACCUUGAUUACAUUAAGACACGAUCACAUACAGUGAGCUCCAAAAGUAUUGGGACAAGUGACAAUUUUUGUUGUUGUGUUGGCUUUGUACUCCAGCACUUUGGAUUUUAAAUGAUACAACGACCAUGAGGUUAAAGAGCAGACUGUCAGCUUUAAUUUGAGGGUAUUUUCAUCCAUAUCGGGUGAACCGUUUAGAAAUGAAAGCACUUUUUGUACAUAGUCCCCCCAUUUUAGGGUACCAAAGUUAUUGGGACAAAUUUACUAAUGUGUAUUAAGUAGUCAAAAGUUUAGUAUUUGGUCCCAUAUUCUUAGAACGCAAUGAUUACAUCAGGCUUGUGACUCUACAAACUUGUUGAAUGCAUUUGUUUGUUUUGGUUUUCUUUCAGAUUAUUUUGAGCCCAAUAGAAAUUAAUGGUAAAUGAUGUAUUGUGUCAUUUUGGAGUCACUUUUUUAUUGUAAAUAAGAACAGAAUAUGUUUCUAAACACUUCUACAUUAAUGUGGACGCUACCAUGGUUACGUAUAAUCCUGAAUGAAUCGUGAAUAAUGAUGAGUGAGAAACUUACAGACGCACAAAUAUCACACCCUCAAGACAUGCUAACCUCUCACCAUUAGAACAACAGGGGGAGGUUAAUACCCUCAAGACAUGCUAACCUCUCACCAUUACAAUAACAGGGGGAGGUUAGCAUUUUGGGCCUCUGUUAGAUAUUUAUGCCUCUGUAACUUUCUCACUCACAAUUAUUCACGAUUCAUUCAGGAUUAUCCAUAAUCAUUGUAGCAUCCACAUUAAUGUAGACUUUUUUUUAGAAACAUUCUAUUCUUAUUUAGAAUAAAAGUGACUCCAAAAUGACACAAUACACAGUUCACCUGAUAUUAAUGAAAAUACCCUCAAAUUAAAGUGGACAGUUUGCACUUCAACCUCUUAGUCAUUGUAUCAUUUCAAAUCCAAAAGGUUGGAGUACAGAGCCAAAAAAAUAAAAAUAUUGUCCCAAUACUUUUCAUUUUUUAUUUAUUCCUGGGAAUACUUUGUGAACAGAUUUCCUAAAUGAACCAAAUUUUUAACUGACUUCCUGGUGUUUUUAGUAUUUUUUUGCCUGUUGACGACCCCUGCUCUACAGAGUUGGUGGUAUUGUAAUAUUGUGAAAAGGGUUCAGAGAUACUGUAGAAUGACAGUUGACCUGUUUUUUUUGUUUUGUUUCCCCAGCUCCUGCAGCAGCUGAAGCGUCUCAUCUGUGACCUGUGUCGGCUGUACAACCUGCCCCAGCACCCAGAUGUUGAGAUGCUAGAUCAGCCCCUCCCUGCUGGGCCCAUCAACCCAGAGCGCAAGGUAGGGCUCAUUCUAGAAUGAGAUUCUAUUUCUUUGGUAGGCUUGACAACCCCAUAUAAAUAUAAUCUGGAACUGGUGGACUCUGAUUUGAAUCACAUUUGCAGGCUGACCCCACAGUAUGAAAUCAGUGAAUAUUCAGUUGGUUUGAAUCACACUGUCAGUGGAAAUAAUGUCAGCUUCAAAUUAUGUAUCAGAUUUGAAUCUAAAUAUUGUGAUUCAAGGAUGGGGACAGCCCUAUCGCAAGGCAAGACUCUUAUUCUGGGCCUGAGUAACAUUCCAUAGCCCAUUGAAACAAUCAGAAAGGCAUGCCUUGUCUUUAAACUCACAAUCUAUUUUCUUUCUUUCCUUUUUCCUGUAUUUUUCCUUUAUAGCAUGGACCAGCGGAUGAAGUGACAUCCGAGGAGGAGGAGGAGGAAGAAAUGGGCGAG